UGUAUUUCCUUACUCAAUGACAAUAACAAACAAAGGAGAGAAAAUGGAAUAUGCAAAGAUCUUGGAGGUUUUUAGUGCCGUGGAUCUUUCUUGCAACAAAUUUGAUGGAGAGAUUCCAAAAGUAGCUGGGAACUUAAAGCGACUUCAAUUGCUCAAUCUUUCCAAUAACAUCCUUGUUGGUCCAAUCCCAACAACCUUGGGAUAUCUUGCAAAUCUUGAAGCACUUGACCUUUCUCAGAAUAAGCUGACAGGAAGAAUUCCUACACAGCUGACGUGGCUCAAUUUUCUUGAAGUCUUCAAUGUGUCUCACAACCAUUUGACGGGUCCUAUCCCGAAAGGCCAACAGUUUGAUACAUUUGAAAACAGCUCUUUCGAUGGAAAUUCAGGACUGUGUGGAAUGCCACUGUCAAGAAAAUGUGACUACUAUAACUCCGAGAGUUUGCCUCCAGCAUCCUCAACCUCCGAAGGAAAUGAAGACUCUGGAUUGUUAGCUGAAUUUGAUUGGAAAUUAGUGUUGCUAGGUUAUGGAUGUGGACUCCUCAUUGGUGUUGUCAUUGGAAACAUUGUUUUCACAAGAAAACGCGAAUGGUUUAUGAAGACAUUCAGAAUCUGGUAGCCAAGAUGCAAAGGGAGGGGUGUGAAAGAUUGAAUAGGAGGAAGCAGUGAAUAUGAUAUCUACCCCCUAUGCUAUCACCUCAUUGUUAUUUUUUUUUCUCCUACUUUUCUGUGUUUGUGAUUACUAGUCAAGUUCAGUGCAAGUCCAAUGUAAAGUAUAGAGUGGAAUUUCAGUCUUCAUGAAUACGUACUUAUGGUGCUACUUCAGCAGCUGAUAUGGAAUAUUAAUAAUUUCCUUUUGAGUAA